UCUUUUAAGAAGCCAAUAAUAAUUCAAAUGCUACCAGUUACCAUUAAGAUCGCAGUGUGGAUCAAUGUCUGUCACAGUGAAAUCAGCCAAUCAGAGCCGAGGUGUCGGAAUGCACGGCAAAAACAAUAUGCGCUCUGAGUGUAAUAUAAGCCUUCUAGUCUGAAACCAAUUUCACUUAACCUUGUGACAUUAAAAUUACCAUGGCUUCUAACGCAAAGGACAACUGGUCAGCUACCAAGUACGAUACGAAUGCAAACUUCGUGCCUGUGCUCGGAGCCACUAUUCUAGGCAUGCUGGACCCUAAGGCCAACGAGACUAUUCUGGAUCUAGGAUGCGGUGAUGGCGUUUUGACCAAGGAUCUCGAGAAAAUGUGCGAACGCGUGGUUGGCGUGGAUGCCAGUGCCAACAUGAUUGAAAAAGCAAAGGAUCUGGGGUGCAAGGAUGCGCGUGUCGUGGACGGCCACGACCUCGCUGCAUGGUUUGACAAUGAAAACAUCGAACAGCAGAUCGAUGGCAAGUUUGAUGCAGUAUUCUCCAAUGCCGAUAUCCAUGGUGCUCUUAUAGCAGCUCUUAACCGCCGAGGCAAGGACGGCAAAUCUUACUCUCCUUGGUUCUUUCCAUCGGAUGUACAUUACAAAGCUUUGCUAGAAGAACAAGGCUUUGAGGUCCAGACGAUCUCCCUUAAUCCUCGCCCAACCGAACUGCCCACUAAUGUUGCGGGGUGGAUCGAAACUUUUGGCUUCACUUUCCUCGCUGCUCUCGAUACCGAUGAAGAAAGACGUGCUAUGGUGAAGGAAAUCGCAGAAGAGAUGAAGGUGACUCAUCAGCGCGAGGACGGCAAAUGGUUCAUCAUGUACAACCGAUGCCGGUUCAUUGCUUAUAAACCCAAGGUUUAGUAAUUGAAUUAAAAAAUAAUAAAUCAAAUUGGCAAGCUAAAUGGGGGGUGGCUCCACCGCGGCGAAUUGACAGUUUUCAAGAAAAAAAAAUAA